AUGGGUGACGCAGGGCCAAGUCCCUCAAUCUCGAGGAUCGCAAUUAUAGGAGCCGGCCCCGUCGGCGUAUCAUGCGCAAAAUACCUGCUGGCCGAAAAAGCGUUCGAGAAGAUUGACAUAUACGAACAGCGCGAUCGUGUUGGCGGAAUCUGGAACAUCUCUGCCCCGGUCCGAUCAAAAGAAAUUCCUAUCCCACAAGUCGACCCUCGCUAUGGCCAGGCAGGUAACGCAUCAGAGUCAUUGGAGUUUGAGUCUCCGCUCUAUGAUUAUCUAGAGACGAAUAUCCCGAAACAGCUCAUGGCAUUCUCGGAUAGGCCGUUUCCAGAUGAGGCGCCGCUUUUUCCAGGUCAUCAAACAGUCUUGAGAUACCUUGAGGACUAUGCGAACGACGUUCAGCAUCUGAUUCGGUUUCGCACCGCAGUGCGAGACGUGAUCUUAAAGAUCGACGAAUCUUCUAGCCGGAAAGAAUGGGACUUGGUCGCGGAAAACCUCGGCACAAAAGAGACCACGAAGCAGGCGUAUGACGCCGUUGUCGUCGCUAAUGGGCAUUACACGGUUCCUUACGUGCCAGAUAUCAAAGGCAUUGCCGGGUGGAACGCCGCCUACCCCGGUGCCAUUAUUCACUCCAAAGCGUACCGCAAUCCAGAAGACUUCAAGGACAAGAAAGUCAUCGUCGUUGGGAAUUCGGCUUCGGGAUUGGACAUCGUCGCGCAAAUUGGCAAGUAUUGCCAGACGCCAAUUCUGCUGUCUUCUCGCUCGGUGUCCGCUUUGGGAACAAUGCCGCCGGCGCCCUGGCGAGAAGAUGUUGAUGAGCUGGCUGACUUCCUACCGAGCGACGAUGGCGAGAGAGCUGUGAGGUUCAAGAGUGGCAGAAUCGAGAAAAACGUCGAUGCCAUGGUCUUCGCGACAGGCUAUUUCUACUCUUACCCGUUCCUGUCAAACCUGUCCCCUCAACGUGUCACCGACGGCUUCCGGACGAGAGGAGUAUAUCAGCACAUUUUCGACAUUGACCACCCCACCCUCGCGUUUCCCGUCAUCAACCUCAAAGUCGUUCCGUUCCCACUGUCUCAGAACCAGGCAGCCGUCAUAGCCCGAGUCUGGAGCGGUCGGCUCGACCUACCUUCCACAGCCGAUAUGAGACAGUGGGAAAUCGACACGAUACAGCAGAAGGGUGAUGGGAGGUAUUUUCACCUCCAGAAAUUCCCCGAGGAUGCAGCGCAGAUUAAUGAACUGUAUGCAUGGGCGGAAAUGGCGAGGAAGAGGGAUGGCCUGGAAAAUGAUGGCGUGGGACGAUUAGGGACAAGAUGGGAUGAGAGACAGGUUUGGAUGAGGUCGAGGUUUCCUGACAUCAAGGCGGCCUAUGCUCCAAGGGGCGAAGCCAGGGUUAAUGUUCGAAGCAUGGAGGAGUUGGGGUUUGACUUUGAUGCCUGGAGGAAGACGGCUGCGGAGAAGGACCUAGAUAUGUUUCGAAAGAGCAAGUGUUGA